GAUGGCGGAAAAUAUUGUGUAAUUUUCAGUUACGGUGCGCUUUCCAGGUUCGAAAAUUCGGUAGAAUCCGUUUGAAACAGUCCGAACACGUGUGAUUGGGAGCUAAAAGUGUUAAGUUGGUGCGAAUUGGUGGAGUCGAGCUUUGUGAAACAGGAAAAGGCCUAAUAUCAAGUGAUUUAAGAUUUGAAAAUCAGAUCCUUCUGCUGAGGUGGCAAUACGGAAAAAGCCGAUGCGUAUGGCCUCUACAAUAAGGGGAUUGCGUUUCAAGUGCACCGAAAUAAUUAAGUUAUACGUUGUGACCAUAUGUUCCAAAUGUUGUUUUAUGUCUCUUUAUACAUCUCUAUGCUUAAAUAUAGUGUGUCCGUGAUUUGAAAAGAGCAGUUGUGCACUGAAGGAAUUUAAUCCAGUUAUUCCAAUGUACGAAAUAGUUUAUGAAAUCUGAAUAAAACAGUGUAAAUUGGAGAAAGUUAAAAAUCCAGCGCAACAAUAAGUUUUUGUACCGGAAAAUCAUCACUAUGCAAAUGGUGGAAUACUGUAAUUGAAAAAUGCUCCACCGGGGGGUAUUGGGUGUACAGUCGCAACAAGUAUAGUAGAGCAGAAAAGCGAAUAAAAUAACCAACGACAAGUGCAUUGUUCCUGUAGCGGGAAAAGAAGAAAACCUGGUGACGCAACUCUGGUUUCCUGCUCAAACAGAUCCCGGAGACGACGACGAUGGCGAUGCAGUGUGUUUGGUAAAACUUGGGCUUCGAAUUCAUCAUACCUUUGUACGCUGCCACCGGUGUCGAGUAAAUCGAGCAACAGAUGCCGACGAUGGCGACGAUAAUGGAUUGCAAACAACUUGCUUCAUCAUAGUAUCGCAGAGUUCUUCAGAUCUCCAAAGGAGCUCCAUACCAGAGAAGCUACUACCACUACUUUGCUGAAAGUUGCAAACGAAUUCGGCAUCCUAUAAGCAUGACCAAAAACCAGAUUUCGCGCAACAACAAGGAAUUGUGCAAUCCGAACUUUCUUUGUAGCGUGACCUAAAACACCGCAUUUUCUACAACGACUUCUGUACGUUGCAUUUCUGUUAGAAAUUGUGAAAUAUAUGUUCCAUAAUAUUAAGCCGACCGAAGAAGAAAAUUAAUGUGAUACAGUUAGUGUGUAAGUUAGUAGUUCAAUAGGAAAAUACGUGCUCUAGUUGUUUGGCAUAAAAAGUGAUAGAAAACAACGAGCUUAUAUAAAGAUACAAAAUUGUUUCAAACAAGAACAGAAUAGAUCCCCAAUCGCCUUCGAGGAUGGAUGAGGAUCCGGAUGACAAGGAUGAUACCAAAAGGAAGUCCCGAAACCUCAGUGAGAAGAAGCGUCGCGAUCAGUUCAAUCUGCUGGUCAACGAGCUCAGUUCGAUGGUGUCGUCCAACAGCCGCAAGAUGGACAAGAGCACGGUGCUGAAGUCGACGAUCGCGUUUCUGAAAAGUCACAACGAAAUCGCGGUCAGGUCUCGGGUGCACGAGAUCCAAACCGAUUGGAAGCCCUCGUUUCUGUCCAAUGAGGAGUUUACGCACCUGAUUUUGGAAGCGCUGGACGGUUUCAUCAUAGUGUUCUCGUCGACGGGACGGGUGUUUUAUGCAUCGGAAAGUAUUACUUCUCUUCUGGGUCACCUGCCAAGUGAUUUGCUCAAUAUGACCGUGUACGAUAUGGUGUACGAAGACGAUCAGAACGAUCUGUACAACAUCUUGCUUAACCCGGCGGCGGUAGUGGAUCCUUUGCAGACGGGAAUUUCACGAGAGAAUCAGGUCACGUUUUCCUGCUACAUAAAGCGGGGUACGGCCGACUACCGGACGGAGGUUUCGUACGAGUUGGUUCAAUUCACGGGGUAUUUUAGAAGUGACGUGGAUGCUGAUUCUCUGAUGACCACGUCGAGAUUUAGUGGUUACAUGACUGAUGCCGAUACGAGGCUGAUUUUUGUGGGGACGGGUAGGUUGCAGACCCCUCAGCUAAUUAGGGAGAUGUCGAUAGUUGACAGCUCUAAGAGUGAGUUCACCUCUCGGCAUAGCUUGGAGUGGAAGUUUCUGUUUCUGGAUCAUCGGGCACCUCCCAUUAUUGGCUAUCUACCUUUUGAGGUGUUGGGAACUUCCGGAUAUGAUUACUACCAUUUUGACGAUCUGGAAAAAGUGGUCUCUUGUCAUGAGGCUUUAAUGCAAAAAGGCGAGGGAACUUCGUGUUUCUACAGGUUUCUAACUAAAGGCCAGCAGUGGAUUUGGCUGCAAACUCGUUUCUACAUUACUUACCAUCAAUGGAAUUCGAAGCCGGAGUUUGUGGUAUGUACGCAUCGGGUCGUGAGUUAUGCGGAUGUAAUGAAACAGAUGCGGAAUUUGGCUGGUGGAGAAGGAAAAUUCCCGGAAGAUACGGAUAGCGUAAGUGUAGGAGUUGAGCGAAAAUUUCAACCGAGUUCUUCUCAGAGUCUACUGGCAACUUCUCCGUGGAGUUCAAAGAGCUCUCGUACAUCUAGAAUAGCUCCAACACCGGGAGGAUCGCCUACUGGAACUUCAUCAAGGGGCAGAUACCGAUACAACACUUAUCAUGACCCUGGCUCUGAUUCGGCAACUUCAAUGUCAGCUGAAUCACAUGUCAGUAGGCAGUCGAUGAUGACACAUCACAGUUCAAAGUCACGAGUUCGCUCCCACACUUUUCAUUCGAAGACUUCCUCGCAUGAUGGCGGUAGUCAGCAUGCGGCGGCCCAUUUCAUGCUUCAACAACAGAUGAUUCCCAAUCCUCAACAGCCGACUCCAGAGUCUUUUCAGCAGAUGCUCGCCACAACGCAGCAUCAGAUCCGUCCUCCUCCAUCAGCCGCCAUCAUCGCCCCACCCGUCACCCAAAUCAUCAGUCCAGCUGGAUUUAUCGAACCGCAACAGUAUUUGGCAGCGAUUCCGGUACAACCGGUCGCUGGAUUCCCACCUGAUUCGACAACCGGUGUAUCACCAAUUCCUCCGACAUCACCAGCGGCGUUCACUGUUCAUUCGAGUGCUUCCUCUGCUGCCGGAGGUGUUGUGUUAACUCCUUCUCAGAACCAGGUUCAGGACCAGUUACAACGAAAGCACGAGGAAUUGCAGCACCUAAUUAUGCAUCAACAAGAGGAACUUAGGAGGGUUCAGGAGCAACUACUAAUGGCUCGCUAUGGCCUUUUACCUUCCAUUGUGACUCUUCCGUUCACAUCCGCGCCCAGUAGUACCAACGAUAUUAGCAGUAGAUGUAGCAGUAGUGCGUCAUAUCUUCAACAUCACCCGUCACCUCAAAGCAGUCAUCAGUACCCAACGCACCCCGCCCUAUCGAACCAACCCCAAAACAUACUAAAUCCUCAGCCUCACCAGCACCAAACGGAUCAACAAAUGUCCAUACCACCGGAUCAGAAACCGAUCUUCCAUCCGAAUCAGCAACUCAAUUUUACCGACACUGGCCAGCCAAAACUUCCCGGAGAUCCAAGUAACGAAAUGGUUUCCUACAUGCAGCUAACUCCCGUCCCAAUCCACCACCUGCAGCAAUCACAAUCCUCGCAACAGCAGCAACAACUUCCAAACCCUGAAAUAAAUCUUCCGGGCCCCAGCGGCAACAGCAUGGAGUUGUUGCAAUACCAAAUGGCGGAAGAGCAGGCGCAAACCUUGUUCACGUCCGGAAUGGAACAGCAGCAGCAACAACAACAGCACCUUCCUCAGCCGUCACACCAUCACCAACAUCAUCAACAACACCAUCAGCAGCAACAGCAAAUGCAUCAUCCUACUAAUCAUCACCACCAGCAUCAUCAGCAGCAUCAUCAUCACCAGCAACAACAACAACAACAACACCAGCAACAACAUCAGCAGCAACAGCACCAUCAUCAGCAUCAUCAACAACAUCAACAUCAAUCACAACAUCAUCAUUCGCAAAGUUCUUCGCUGGGUUCGCCCGGUGGAUCUACCCGAAGUCACUCCAGGAGUGAUAUGUAGCUUUAAUACCGUAAGUCGGAAAGGUGACGAGGAUAUUAAUGAUCUUAAGCACUGGUUGAAGAAAAAACUGGGAUAUCGAUAUUUAUUUCCGUCAAAUCAAUGUUGCGAUAUUUUAAAUUGAAACAUUGCACUAGUAUGAAUUACACGUUUUGUCAAAACUUUUUUGUUCUGAAGAUAAAGCGGAUGAAGAGGUGCACUAGCAUCAGUCAUGUUAUUACAAAUCAUUCAUUCAAAUUACUGAACUCAGA